AUGGUCCAUCCGAUGCGUAUGCCGCCGCCGCCGCCCGACGAGUACGACCCCACGAGGGGCACCAUCGCCUGCUUCACGGACCAUGGCCUCGCCGACGACCCCGUCUCGCCCGCCACGCUCGAGGCCCUCCGCGUCAUCCUCGUCGGCCACUACGAGGAGGCGUUCCGGCGGCUGCCCGUCGAGGACAUGCCGGACGGUCUCGACCUGGCCCAGCUCGCCCACCGCGGCGGCUUCUGCCUCGGCCUCCUCGAUCCCGUUACCAACAUCGUCCUCAACACAAUCUCCCUCCUCCCACACGGAUUCGAGUUUGACGCAAACCCUAGCCCGGCGCCGUCCGCUCCAGGACUCAGGAUGCCGUCGCGCCGCCGAAACUCGAGCAGGGAUGCAUGGCACGGCGUCGCGUGCAGGUCCAGCGGGUGCCUCCUCGAGUUCAUGCGGGCCUACUUCGGGCUGCUCAGCGAGGAGCAAGCCGGGCGGUACCUCAUCUGGGCGCGUGCCGACAUCGCCAUGGCGGUUCUGCUCGUCGAGCACGAGCUCUACGACGCCCGUCCUGCACCGCCGGACCCUCGCUCCAGCAGGACGCGGCAGUCUCUCAGGCUCGCUGCUAUGCACAUGCAACACCCUUCGCCGGACAGCCUCGUGUCGCUCGCUACGGCGUGGCUUCCACCGCAGAAGCUCGAGAUACUUGCCCCCAUCCUACGACACGAUGGCGGUCGGAAUAGGCUGGCUGUCCAAGACGUAAAGAACAUCCUCCACGUGCUGCGCCACCAAGACGACAUAUCCGCCAUGGCUACAUUGCAGUCACCGCCGCCGCUUGAAGAAGGCACUACGAGCUGCAUCUACCUUGGAGAUGGCCGGAUCGCGUACACCACCAUUGUCCAGCGAGCCGGCGACCACAUCGCAUCUCUACGGCGUCCUCAAGACACGCAGUCCACGCUAAUCUCUUACUCCACCGCAGCACCGUCGGCGACAGACACGACGGCGGAGCCGCACGACUCCCCUUGCGCAUACGUGGGGUCUCUCGACAUGGACGAGGCCCGACAAUGCCCGUACGUACGGUCUCUGGAGAUGUCCCUCCUGGGCACCAUCCAUGGAUUCUACCUCAAGGCGCUCGCCAUGCUGCCAAGCUACGCCGCGCGCCACCAUGUACGCGGCAUCCUCCUAGCCGGCCACUGCUACGGCCCAAUGGACCCUGUCUCCAACAUCAUCCUCAGUACCGUCUGGUAUGACGCCAACUUCCCGCUCCCCGUGGCUGAUCGUGGGACGCAGGCGCACGACAUCCUUGACACCCUCACCAUGCUCAGGGUGGUCACUAGCUCCCUGCACGGCCUCGUAGCUCUCCUGCACGCCAACUCCGGCAAGCAUCUGCCGUUGCACGAGAUCUUGAAGUACCUCUGCUACAGGAAGUGCGACUUGGCCACCAUGUUACAGCCAUAUCUACACCGGAACUCUCCCAACCAUUUUGCCAGCGCCGCCGCUGCUGCUCGUCACCCGCAAGCGUCCGCUUGGGCAACAUUUCUUUCAUCAUUGGCGCCGACGAAGCUAGACCAGAUACGGUCCUUGAUGAUUAGUGCCACUGCCAACAACACCGCGCUUUCUUAUGAGUCUUUGACCGAGAUAUACAACAUCCUCAGAGAGGAAACCCGGAAGGCGGUGACACUGCCGGCUCCCAAACUCUGUCGGAUGGCGGUGAGCAUUCUCACAAGAAAGAGGGAGGCCUAUGCUCACCAGCAGAGCUUCAUUCGCGGUAGGAUUGAACAGCUACUGCUGGAAUACGCGCGUCGCCAUCCUUCAGAAACAAAAUAUGAUUUGGAUUUUAUAUGCGGUGUAGCCGUAACAUUAACCGGUCACCAGGAUGAAUGCUACCACGUCAAUUUCAUGGCAGCUACCAAAUCGACAUCCAAGAACACACUUUUCUUUGCCGAGUUUUGGUGGGCAUAUCAAGAUCAGUCAAAGCCUUCCGUAUGCUGCCCUCUGCCCCAACCGUAUACCAUGGGUCGUUGCUACUACGGCCAGGAGUCCGCACGUAAGCUCGCCUAUCCGGAUGACUCCAUCGACUAUUUCUCACGCGACAUUACUCAUGGCGGACUAGAUGACACAGAAGGCAUACUAAACACGGACUUUUUGUACUUCGACUCCGAGAGGGACGUCGAGCUUGCCAAGGUCUUGCAGAGGAUGGGCAAGAAAGAAGAGGUCAUGCAAAGGUCCUCUACUGGAAGGCGUGCUGAAUGGACCGCCGGUGUUCCUCUGUGCUAGCUAGGUUUAUUCAUGCUUUGAAUUAUUAUGUAGAAAUGUUUGGAGAAAGCUGGAUACAGUAGUUAACGAGAAUAGUUGGGUGUGGAUUAGUGUGAACCU